CACAAAACCCGCGCAUCCUUAGUUUUCCUAGGUUGCAAAGUACCUUUGGUUCUACCGUUGGGAAUCCACAAAGAAGGAAAACGCAACGGAAAAGAAAUGAGCUGGUGUUCGUCUUCUAUCCUGUUAUGGAAAAUCAUUUUGGUUUCCGUUUUAACACAGCACUCUUUAGGUUAUGACAUUUAUGGAGAAAAUACCCGAGAAGGAUUUAUUCCCUUGUCUCGGCUCCUACGUAAUGGAUUUUGGGACUUCCUAGAGAAGAUGAGAGGCGGAUACAUGGUACCUUACCCUCGAAUCGGUCGUGAACUGGUGGAUAAAAGGCAAAACAUGAUUCCUCUUCCUAGGAUUGGUCGAGAUUUACUAGAUGAAGAAAGCACAUUAGUCUCCGAAUUCCUUCCAAAUCUUCAGACUUUAAUCAAUGCAGUCCAGCAACAACUGAUGGCAAAUAAUGUUUUGCAUACUGCGAAUAUGGUCUCUAAGAAAGCCAUGCUUAAACACGGAUUAGAGACAUUUGACGAAGAAGUUUCGGAAGAUUUUUAUGAUACCAGCAAUUUACAUAAUUUACAUAUACCAGAAAAUGCAGAAGAUUUACAUAGACAGAUAUUUUCAGAUUAUGCAAAACCAUCUAAUGAAAAUCUGUUAAAUGAUAAUAUUUUUUACGGAAAAUAUUUUAAUCAAAUGAAGCACCUAUUGGCUCCUGAUAUUAAUGCCUAUGAAGAAGAUUCAUCUCAUAAUAAUGGAGACGUUAAAUUAUUUCUUGAUGAUUACGUCAUAAAAGUAAUUCCUGCCGAAAUAUAAGAAUCAUAUAACACUAGUGUAAUUAAAUGAUCGACUUGCAUUCGAAGCAGCAGCACAGAAGAAGAUCACAUUUUCCCCCUGAAUAAAAACCAUCAGAUCAUUCAAAAAUAAUAACCAUACAAAAUUUUUACAAUAAACAAGUACAUUAAGCAUAAGUUUUAAGAUCUUUUAUUAUGCUAUAAUAAAUUUAUAAAAAUAUUUCUAAAUUAUGUUUUCUUUUGUUUUAAUGAUAUUUAUUAUAGAACUUUUAAAUCUGAAAAUGAUAUUCUGAAUUUUGACAUGUUCUUUUUCCCAGGAUAACAUUUGCAUACUGAAUUAUUAAUUUUUAUUUGCUGCUUAUGUAUUUGCCUAAUUAUACAGUGCAAUAAAUUAUUGA